UGGGGUACCCGUCCUGCAGUGGAAGGACGAGGAUCAACGCUGAUGGCAUGUUCCGGAAACUGCUGAACAUCACCCACUGGAGCCAGAAGACCCGAGAUGCCACCCUGCACCGGGACGAGGCAGGGCUCCUGCACGUCCGGCUGCUGGGCGGAGCGGAAUACGGCCAGCUCAUCUACCUGGGCGCCUGCCCCGGGGCAGCGGUGAGCAGGGGCAGGCUUCACCCCGGGGACCUGCUGCUGGAGGUCAACCAGGCCCCCGUGCCCGGCCUCACCCUGCGCGACGCCAGCGAGCUCCUGGGCGCUAUCCCGGGCCCGGUGCACCUCAGGACCGUCCCACAGGGUUCCCAGCUGAACUCUGACCUCCGCCACUUCCUCAAGCACACUUUCACCCAAGGCUCGGCAGACUUUGAGCUCCAGGAGUGUAUCCGCCAGAACCUGUACAUCCGUGCAGUGCCAUGUACAACCCGGGCCCCUCGGGAGGGCGAGCGCCCUGGCGUGGACUUCCACUUCGUCAGCCUGUCCGAGUUCCAGGCGCUGGAGAGGGCCGGCGGGCUGCUGGAAACCGGCAAGUUUGACGGGAACUAUUACGGGACGCCGGUGCCGCCCAUCCUGCCCACCGAUGCCACGCUGACCCUGGAGCCCUCCAUGCUGAGGGCGCGGGCGCGGAGCAAAUCGUUGCCGAGUGGGGCUGAGACGCGGUCGGCCAAGGAGGCGGCUGAAGGGGAUCCGGCUGGAGGGAGGCCGCAGGUCCCAGGAGCUGCCAGCAACGGGUAUGUGACGGGCUCGACCUCCGAUCAGGACGUGACUGCAGCAGGUGGAGAGGGCACAGAGCACGAUGGCGUCACGGGACAGCCCGGGGAGCAGGGGCACGCCAACGCUGCCAGCAGGGAAUCCCGUCCGACUGGGAAUGUCCCCACACGGGCAUCAAUCCCACGGUAA